GCGUGGGGCGGCGGGAAGGGCCGCUGGGACCGGUAGCGCCCAUGUCAGCGCGGCCUGGCUUGCCUGAUCAGAGGGCCGGGGGUGGCUCGUGAGACGGAGAGGGCCGGAGAGGCGCAGGAGCCCCUACUGCCCAGCCCUCCCCGAGCACGCCGGCGGCUGCAGCUCCUUGCAACUGCUCCGGCCCUCGCCCCUCCGGCCUCAGGGCACGGCCCUAGCCUCGCUGGAAGGGGAUCAAGGUCCGAGACGGGCCCGCUGCGGUGGGGGAUGGGCUCGGCGGCCUGGCUGCGGCCCCCUCCGGCGCGCCCGGGCUGCCGCGGGCGGAAGGGGCCUCGGAGCCCGACGGCCUCCUUGUGCUGGGAAGGCUCGGCUUCGGCCCCCCCACCCCGCUGGCCCCCUUACCCACUGGCCGCCCAGGAUGAGGAUGCGGCAUUUUAAGAAGUUCACUACGUGUGCGUGGCGCACUUACGUCCGCACUCAUUGUAAUUUUGAAUCCUCAGCAGUCCUGUGACCCAGGCGAUGCGGAGAGUCUCACUGCCAUUUAACAGCUGUAAGGACUGGGGCAUCAGACGCCUCCCGUGGUUUUGACAGGUUUCAUCCACAAGUGGUGGAGCUGGAAUUCGAUCUCAGCGUUUAACGUCUUUGCUGGUGUUUCAUUGCUGAGUUCCUCUGCAGCAUCUUGAUUUGUGUCCCUUCUGUACUUGAAAACCUUCCCAUCGCUCAUCACCUUCAGGUCAGCAGGUGCAAUGAAGUACAUUCUGGUUACUGGCGGUGUGAUAUCUGGCAUCGGGAAAGGGAUCAUCGCCAGCAGCGUGGGCACGAUCCUCAAGUCCUGCGGUUUACACGUGACCUCCAUUAAAAUUGACCCCUACAUCAACAUCGAUGCGGGAACAUUCUCUCCCUAUGAGCAUGGGGAGGUGUUUGUGCUGGACGAUGGGGGGGAAGUGGACCUGGACCUGGGUAACUACGAACGUUUCCUUGACAUCCGACUCACCAAGGACAAUAAUCUGACCACGGGGAAGAUAUAUCAGUAUGUCAUUAACAAGGAGCGCAAAGGAGAUUACUUGGGAAAAACCGUCCAAGUCGUCCCGCACAUCACCGACGCCAUCCAGGAGUGGGUCAUGAGACAGGCCCUGAUCCCCGUGGAUGAAGACGGCCUGGAGCCUCAAGUGUGCGUCAUCGAGCUUGGCGGGACGGUGGGAGACAUAGAGAGCAUGCCCUUCAUCGAGGCCUUCCGCCAGUUCCAGUUCAAGGUCAAAAGAGAGAACUUCUGUAACAUUCACGUCAGCCUGGUUCCUCAGCCAAGUUCCACAGGGGAGCAGAAGACGAAGCCCACCCAGAACAGUGUUCGGGAACUCAGAGGGCUUGGGCUGUCCCCGGAUCUGGUUGUGUGCCGGUGCUCAAACCCUCUGGACACGUCAGUGAAAGAGAAAAUCUCCAUGUUCUGCCACGUUGAACCCGAGCAGGUGAUCUGCGUCCACGAUGUCUCGUCCAUCUACCGAGUCCCCUUGUUGCUGGAGGAGCAGGGGGUCGUGGAGUACUUCCUCCGGAGACUUGACCUUCCUAUCGAGAGGCAGCCCCGAAAAAUGCUGAUGAAGUGGAAGGAGAUGGCCGACAGAUACGACCGCCUCCUGGAGACCUGCUCUAUUGCCCUCGUGGGCAAAUACACCAAGUUCUCAGACUCGUAUGCCUCUGUCAUUAAAGCUCUGGAGCAUUCUGCCCUGGCCAUCAACCACAAGUUGGAAAUCAAGUACAUAGAUUCCACGGACUUGGAGCCAAGCACCUUGCAGGAGGAGCCCGUGCGCUACCACGAGGCCUGGCAGAAGCUCUGCAGUGCCCAUGGCGUGCUGGUCCCAGGGGGAUUUGGCGUUCGAGGGACGGAAGGAAAAAUCCAAGCGAUCGCCUGGGCGCGGAAACAGAAGAAGCCUUUUUUGGGUGUGUGCCUGGGGAUGCAGUUGGCAGUGGUUGAGUUUUCAAGAAACGUCCUGGGCUGGCAAGAUGCCAACUCCACGGAGUUCGACCCUAACACCAGUCACCCUGUGGUCAUAGACAUGCCGGAGCACAACCCUGGCCAGAUGGGCGGGACCAUGAGGCUGGGCAAGAGGAGGACGCUCUUCCAGACCAAGAACUCCGUCAUGAGGAAGCUCUACGGGGACCCCGACUACCUGGAGGAGAGGCACCGCCACCGGUUCGAGGUGAACCCGGUCUUGAAAAAGUGUCUGGAAGAGCAAGGCUUGAAGUUUGUUGGCCAGGACGUCGGAGGAGAGAGGAUGGAGAUUGUGGAGCUGGAAGGUCAUCCCUUUUUCGUCGGGGUCCAGUACCACCCCGAGUUCCUGUCCAGACCCAUCAAGCCUUCGCCGCCGUACUUUGGCCUCCUCCUGGCCUCCGUGGGGCGGCUCCCGCAUUACCUCCAGAAAGGCUGCAGGCUCUCGCCCAGGGACACCUACAGUGACAGAAGCGGAAGCAGCUCCCCUGACUCCGAAAUCACGGAACUGAAGUUCCCAUCAAUAAAUCAUGACUGACCGUAAGGGGCGGUUCUUGAAGACGCAUUUGGACGUCAGGAGUUUACAGCUUUGAUUUUACACUCAGCUUUCGACACUUUCUUUAAAUUAUGUUUUUAUUAAGAUUAUUUUAUUACGGGCAAAGGUAUCUGGAAGACUUGGUGACCUGCAUGUCCCACCGUGGGUACCGGCUCCCGCGUGGGUGCCGCCCGGGGUUCCACACGGUCCUCUGUGGUCCUCCCGUCGUGGACGCGGUGCAGGUGAUGGCCGGGCACUGGGGGAGCCCACGGGUUACCACGCUUCUCGGGCACCUGGCGUCACCGUGGCUUUGAGCGUGUGGCUGCUCCUUUCGCUGACGCCGAGACCACUAGCAAUGUGCGCCCUGCAGCCUGAGUGGGCACAGAAGGGAGAGUCCAGCUGGUGCCCGCAACCCUGGUGCUGGAACCCGAGGGCACUGCUUGCCACCAAGGGCAGCAAACCCAGAAACAAAGCGUUGGCCCUGCCCUGCGCUGGGGGGUGGGGGUGGGGCUGGGACCCUCCGUCGGGGACUUGUCCAGAGGGCUGGUGAGUUUGAUGUCACGAGGAAUGCACACAAGCCUGGCUGUCCUCUGGCCGCGCUGCUCUUCUUGGGCUGGGAAACACUCCUUGCAUCAAGGAGUCGCUUCACAAAGAACCAAGAGUCCUUUGGGGAACCUGCCUCUAAAGCCCUGCUCAGAUAUGCACAGCUUUGCUCAAGGGGUCUUUGUCCUUCCGGAUGGUGUUAACUGCGGUUGAAAUGCAACAGGAAAAGCUAUUUUCUUAACGUGCUGUGCCGACAGGCAAAGCUGGACGUGGUGUACCCUCUAACUUAAAAUAAAUAACGCCGAGCAGCAG